GUGGCUCGGCCUGGCUAUUUGGCCGGAUCCUCGCUGUCACCUCAGAAUUGUGCCCGGGGGGAGCAGUAGAGAGAAUAGGCGCGCACCGCAGGUGCCUGAUGCCCGCGCUGGGCGUUCCGUGCCAGGCAGGAGGAGCAGGCCGCAGGGCCGGAGGGGGAAUGGAACCGCGAGUGUUUGAGUUGUUCGGACCGACGGGAGGGAGCGCGGGAGCUCGGGGCAAAGCAGCCGCCAAGGGGAAGAAAACGGGGAAAGGCCGAGGCCGGACCAAGAGCAACAACCCGCCCUACCUACCCCCCGAGGCAGAGGAUGGAAACAUCGAGUAUAAGCUGAAGCUGGUUAACCCCUCGCAGUACCGCUUCGAGCACCUGGUGACGCAGAUGAAGUGGCGGCUGCAGGAGGGCCGUGGCGAGGCCGUCUACCAGAUCGGCGUGGAGGAUAACGGGCUGCUGGUGGGACUGUCCGAGGAGGAGAUGAGAGCGUCGAUGCUCACCCUGCACCGCAUGGCAGAGAAGGUCGGGGCAGAUCUCACCGUCCUGCGUGAACGGGAGGUGGACUACGACAGCGGCAGCCCCAGGAAAAUCACGGAGGUCCUGAUCCGGAAAGUGCCGGAUAAUCAGCAGUUCCUGGAUCUGCGGGUUGCGGUUCUGGGGAACGUGGACUCCGGAAAGUCCACCCUGCUGGGUGUUCUGACCCAGGGGGAGCUGGACAACGGCCGUGGCCGCGCGCGCCUCAACCUCUUCCGCCACCUCCACGAGAUCCAGUCCGGCCGCACGUCCAGCAUCAGCUUCGAGAUCCUGGGCUUCAACAGCAAGGGGGAGGUGGUGAAUUACAGCGAGUCUCGCACGGCGGAGCAGAUCUGUGAAAGUGCCUCCAAAAUGAUCACGUUCAUAGACCUCGCCGGACAUCACAAGUACCUGAAGACCACCAUCUUCGGCCUCACCAGUUACUGCCCGGACUUCGCCAUGCUGGUGGUGAGCGCCAACACGGGGAUCGCCGGCACGACGCGGGAACAUCUGGGUCUCGCCAUGGCGCUGAAGGUCCCUUUCUUCCUCGUGGUUAGUAAAGUGGAUCUUUGUUCAGCAUCCACCGUGGAGCGGACACUCAGACAGCUGGAGCGGACACUCAAGCAGCCCGGGUGUAAUAAGUUGCCCUUCAUGGUGCGUUCGGACGAUGACGCGGUGACUGCGGCGCAGCAGUUUGCACAGUCUCCAAACAUUACCCCGAUAUUUGCCCUCUCCAGCGUGUCGGGGGAGUCUCUGGACCUCCUGAAGGUCUUCCUGAAUAUCCUGCCCCCCCUGACUAACAGCCGCGAGCAGGAGGAGCUCAUGCAGCAGCUGCCGGAGUUCCAGGUUGAUGAAAUCUACACGGUGCCCGAGGUGGGGACGGUGGUGGGAGGAACGCUGUACAGCGGGGUGUGUAAGGAAGGAGAGCACCUGAUGGUCGGCCCUACGGACGGGGGGCUCUUCCUGCCCCUGAAGGUCUGCAGUAUUCAGAGGAAUCGCUCUGCGUGCCGAGUGCUGCGGGCCGGUCAAGCUGCAACGCUGGCCCUGGGUGCCUUUGACCGAUCACUCCUGCGAAAGGGCAUGGUGCUGGUCGGGCCGGAGAUGAUGCCCACGGUGUGCUGGGUGUUUGAGGCAGAGAUCGUGCUUCUGUUUCAUGCCACGUCCUGCCGGCGCGGGGUUCAGGUGACGGUGCACGUGGGGAACGUCCGACAGACCGCGGUCCUGGAGCACAUACACGGCAAGGACGAGCUGCGGACGGGGGAGAAAGCUCUGCUGCGCUUCCGCUUCAUUAAGCACCCGGAGUACCUGAAGCCCGGAACCAAACUGCUCUUCAGAGAAGGUUUAACUAAAGGCAUCGGCCACGUGUGCAGCUUACAGGCCAUCAGAACUGACACAGGGCCACUCUGACACCGGCCCCGGGGGCCGAGGGGUAAAUCUACCCUCCACACCGAACCACCAGCCAUGGACAGUGUCGCCCGGGGGACGCAGGGACGUUCCGCAUUUAUGCAUUAAACUGGCCCCCGGAGCAAUAGUUUUACCAAAAUUUUAGGGUCUCCCCCACUUUUUAUUUAAGAAAAU